CGUACAGAGCGCUUUUUCGGAGCACGCCGUGUGUACAGAAGUGCUGAGUUCGCCGUCUGCACUGUCCAAUUUCGGUACAUUAUUUUGGUGCAGAGACUCGCCGCGCAUGCAUACGUACCAUAAAUGCACAGAGUUGGUCAUGGCGAGGCGACAGCAGUCGGGAUUGCCCAUGAAACUUAUUUUGACGAAUGGUAUAGUGUAGUCUGAACGCACUCGGUCAUUGAACUUUGACCUGGGUUUCCCGUGUGGUGACGUAAUAUAUCAUAUGUAAGUAUAAGCAGGGUUUUUUUCUGAAUGCGUCAUAUUUCUUGGAGUAAAGUCUCUGUGAAACACUUCGACAGUCUAUAUGCUGGACAGUUUUUCUUCUGUACCUCCUUCAAAUAUAGCAGAGCCGUUUUUCAUCAGGAACAGUGAAGUUACAGGGCCUGACAUGGAUCUAGACUUCGCGUACCCCCUGGAGGACAGAUACAAGUGCCUCCUGUGUGGCCGAUGUCUUCGGAACCCCCGGCAGUCUCUUGAAUGUGGUCAUCGGUUCUGUGAAAGCUGCCUAACAGAAGAAUUACGUAAAGAUGCACCGAGAUGUCCAGUGGACAAACAGGCACUUUCUGCAAAUGGGGUAUUUCCAGACAAGGGUGCGGAAAGGGAGAUUGGACAGCUCGUAGUCAACUGUGUCAAUAAAAAAGCAGGGUGUGAAAUACAAGCAUCAAUCAAGGAACUCCAGGAACAUCUAGAAGAAUGCAAAUAUGCCACAAUAGAGUGCAUACACAAGUCUAAGGGCUGCAACGUGCAAGUACCAAGAUGUCACCUAGCGGAACAUCUGGAAAAUGAAUGUCAGUUCCGACAAGAGCCGUGCAAGUUCUGUCAGGAGUUAAUACCUCUGGCACAGACGGAGGACCACACAAAGCAGUGUCCGAAGGCCCCAAGUUCUUGUCCAAAUGGCUGCGAGUUGACAGGAGUGACACGAGAAGAGGUAGAGAAACACCUCCAGGAUGAAUGCCCCCAGUCAGAAGCCAACUGCAGAUUCAACUCCUACGGAUGUACAUUUAAGGGCCCGAGGAGUCAUGUCAGUGAGCAUGAAUCUCUGUCCAUGGCAGAGCACCUACUUAUGGUAACCAGCAACCUGGCUAACCUGGAGCUCAGUCUGUCUGAAUCACGUCGAGAGCUACAGGAAGUCUCUAACCAGAGAGACCUGUUUAAGAACACAGUCACACAGCAAGCAAGCGAGAUCACGUCACUGAAACAAAAAUCUGAAAAGCAAGAUGGAAAAAUUGCAUCACUUCAGAAAAUGGUAGCCAACCAAACAGACAAACUUAUGAAGUUUGAACAAGAUCUGGAGACAACUGCAAAGAAGGAAGAAGUGGAGGGUCAAAAGAGGGACCUGGUGGCCGUGAAGGAAACAGUUAAAAGAACAGAAAACAGACUGACCAAGUUGGAGACCAGGGGAUCAGGAGGAGGGGGGGUGUUUUCAGGUGCAACAGGAGAAGUAGAAACACAACUUGCAUCUCAAGACAGACAACUCGGCAUCCACGAUGUCCGACUGGCUGAGAUGGACCUCCGCUUCCAGAUCCUGGAGACAGCCAGCUUUGAUGGAACCCUUCUGUGGAAGAUCAAGGACUACACCAGGAGAAAGCACGACGCAACCACAGGCAGAACUUUGUCUCUGUACAGUCAGCCCUUCUAUACCAGUAGAAAUGGUUAUAAGAUGUGUGCUAGGGUGUACCUGAAUGGGGAUGGUAUGGGGAAGGGUACACACAUGUCCCUGUUCUUUGUAGUCAUGAGAGGAGACUAUGAUGCCCUGUUGCCCUGGCCCUUCAGACAGAAAGUAACCCUGAUGCUUCUAGACCAGGAUCAGGGCAGGCGCCACCUGUCGGAUACGUUCCGCCCUGACCCGACCAGCAGCAGCUUCAAGCGCCCCACCAGCGACAUGAACAUUGCUUCAGGCUGCCCGCUGUUCGUGUCACAGGCUGUAGUGGAGGGGAGCCCUUAUCUUAAGGACGACACGAUUUUUAUCAAGGUUAUCGUUGAGACAUCGGACUUGGUUGGACCAUAGCGGCAUAGGAUAGGGCAUCAUUACCACACAGUAUUGCAUUAUUCCCAUUAACCUACCAGAAACAGUUGACGAUAGGUCUAAGGCUAAGGCCCAGUUCAGGCAAUCAAUGCAACAAAAAACAAAACAAGUUUCCAACUUAGCCAUAGGCUUUUGUAGUAUUCCAAAAGCAUUUUACAACCACUAGACUUAAAAACGGUUACAAAGAUGCCAGCCCAGGCUUUCUAGACAGUGACAUGGUUGGAACCGGAGAUGGCUAACCCUCUUCUAGAACUAUAAUGUCUUCAGGGGUGUUGAAGAAGUUGUACAAUCCUAGUACAUUGGGUAUAACUGCUGCUUGGGGAUGACUGGUCGUAUGGAGUUUUUUUUUCAGAUUUAGGCACCAAACAAUGCAAGCUGCGUUUAUCCUGUAAGGUACCUGUAGGCACUUUAGGGAUGUACAUGUAUUGGUAAAAAAGAAAUGUAACUUCAAAGAAUAUUCCUCUUGACAAUAAUAUGUGCCUGGAAUAGUUAUGGAUGUUAAUUUUACCUCUCCUUUGUGAUAUGAUGUUUUUAACUCCUUUAUAGAGUGACAUCUGUGCACCGUAAAUUGCUGCUGAUAUGUAUAGACUCAGCUUCUUUUUGUAGAUAUAGCUCAAGACUACUUUUGAAUGCAGUCUCUAUAUACUAUUUCGAUAUGUUGGUAUUUUAUUGUUAAGUUUUUAACUAGGCAUUAGUAUCGCAUUGUAUGAUGAUGGCCUUAUGUUAUAAAAUUAAGCACAAAUGAAAAAAAAAAGAAAUUUCGGAAAAAUACAGUGCCAAAUAUCAAAUACAAUGUACACUCUCUUAGACACUAGGGGAUCAGAAUCAUCUUUAUUGAGCCUCAGACUUAGACAUACAAAUACAAGAUGAAAGAUUAAAAUACCUAGGCCAGCCCUUUUUCCAGACUUACAACGUCCAGAGGGCGCAAGGUAAAACAUAUUAAAAAAAAAGAACAAU